GGGAAGCGGCGUGCAGCACGUGGGGGCGGUGCCGGCAGAGGCACAGGUCUCUCUUGGCUGUGCUGGGCUGCUGGUGGCUGGCGCCUGAGCGGAGAUUGGAGAGGAUCUGGAGUCCAUGGAGACAUCAGCGGAGCAGCCGAACCCACAGCCCCCGCAUCCCGGGGACCACUGCAUCCAUGACGGCGACUUCGUGGUGCUGAAACGGGAAGAUGUAUUUAAAGCAGUGCAAGUCCAGCGGAGAAAGAAAGUAACGUUUGAGAAACAGUGGUUCUACCUGGAUAAUGCCAUUGGCCAUAGUUAUGGGUCAACAUUUGAGGUGAGCAGUGGAGGAAGUCUUCAGCUCAAAAAGAAGAAGGAAGAGCCUGCUUCAGAUCCUAAAGAAGCGGGCACUGAUAAUCGCAAUAUAGUUGAUGACGGAAAAUCUCAGAAACUUACUCAGGAUGAUAUAAAAGCUCUGAAAGACAAGGGCAUUAAAGGAGAGGAAAUAGUUCAGCAGCUAAUUGAAAAUAGUACCACAUUCCGAGACAAAACAGAGUUCGCCCAAGAUAAAUAUAUUAAAAAGAAGAAGAAAAAAUAUGAAGCCGUCGUUACUAUUUUGAAGCCAUCUACCCGUAUUCUUUCAAUUAUGUAUUAUGCAAGAGAACCUGGAAAAAUUAACCACAUGAGAUAUGAUACAUUAGCCCAGAUGUUGACGUUGGGAAAUGUCCGUGCCGGCAAUAAAAUGAUUGUCAUGGAAACGUGUUCGGGCUUGGUGCUAGGUGCCAUGAUGGAGCGAAUGGGAGGCUUCGGCUCCAUUAUUCAGCUGUAUCCUGGGGAUGGACCUGUCCGGGCCGCAACAGCUUGUUUUGGAUUUCCCAAGUCUUUCCUCAGUGGUCUCCAUGAAUUCCCCCUCAACAAAGUAAACAGUCUCCUCAAUGGGACAUUCUCUGCUGAGAUGCUGACCUCAGAGCCUAAAGACAGCACUGCGGGUGAAGAAAGUAACGGUCAACUUGAAGAGAAGCAGACAGCUGAACAAGCCGAUGAGGACAGCAUGGCAGACGCCCCAGAAGGCAAUGAAGAAGAACAGAGAACAAUGGAAAUUGUUCCUGGGGACCCAGAGAAUAAGGGACCUAAAGAAAAAGGAAACAAAAGAGAUUAUAUUCAGGAAAAGCAGAGGAGACAAGAAGAGCAGAGGAAAAGACAUUUGGAGGCUGCUGCUCUGCUGGGGGAAAGAAACGCAGAUGGUUUGAUUGUGGCCAGUCGUUUCCACCCCACUCCACUGCUGCUGUCUUUGCUAGACUUUGUGGCCCCGUCAAGGCCAUUUGUGGUCUACUGUCAGUAUAAAGAGCCUUUGUUGGAAUGCUACACAAAACUUCGGGAGAGGGGAGGAGUCAUUAACCUGAGGCUGUCUGAAACCUGGCUCAGAAAUUACCAGGUUCUGCCAGAUCGGAGUCAUCCCAAAUUGCUGAUGAGUGGAGGUGGAGGGUACCUUCUGUCGGGAUUCACUGUUGUCUCCGACGGCCUUCGAGCAGACCCCAACCUCAAGUCCUGCGCAAGCACUUUAGACUCCCACAAGACUGAGGAGCCAGCAGCUAAAAAGCAGAAAUGCCUGGAAUCCAGCUCUUAACUCUUAGGAGAUCAACAUUUGAUCUAAGGCAUUCUGCAGCUGGUAACUAAACUAAGUGUCAUCACUAAAUAUUUUUUCCUGUCCUAAGAAUGUGUGUGUGCGCACCUGUUCCUGGGAAGAAGCGAUGCCGACGGAUAGUCUGGGCUGCAGCUGCAGCAUGCAGUAAUGCAUGGGUACAGCAGCCCUGCUCCUGACAGACUCGGAGUACAGCUAUCUGCGCAUACCUUGGGCACGCCAGUACCUUGAAAAUGUUGAUAUGUAAGACUUUGCUUAUAUUUUAAACAAAGAUGAAUAAUACAAACUAUCUAAAACAGUGAGGAAUGAAAGAAAAUUUCCUCUCACCGAUUCUCUUCCACCUAAGCAAUAUGAUGUGUGAGCCUAUGAGAUUUACAGUACCAAAAAUGUGUACCCUAUGCCCUGCAAUGGAAUAAGCUUUUUUUUAGAUACUAAGUUUUUAUUAUUUUAAUAGUUGAUAGCCUGAGGAAGCUCCAGGCAUUUAUUUACCUCCUCUCCCCUUUUUUGGUGCAUAGAAAGGUUUAGUAGAUCCUUUUUACAGUGAUUCACUCAUCUUCUGCUUCAUUCUGAAUAAAGUGCUUAGAACUUCUGUGUACUAUCAGACAAUUGGUUUCCCCCCUCUAGACACAGACACACAGAAAUGUGU